CCAAUGGCGACUAGCCCACAGGUCCGUGGCGGUUUUGUCGUCCUGCGUUUGCCUCUUCGGUAUGAUACGGUGGAUAGUUUACCGCUUGGAAAGCAUCCUGGAUACUCUCCUGGGAACGAACGGGAACCAACAAACAUAAGCAACACUGACAGUUUCAACCAUCUGAUCUAGCUACAGCCAGACAACGUGGAUUAUGUGUGACUCACUAGGAUAAACUGAGCUGCCCCUGGGCCUGGUUAGCAUUUGACUUCCUCCGAUGAGGAGUGAGUCAGUCACUGUCCCCAACCGCACCUUGUUCUGCUGCCUGGAGUAGACCUACAGUCCGGGGACAUGGCCAAUCCACACCUGGCUAACCUGGCCUUUGCCUGGGAGAAGUACAUGGACUGUCGAGUACAAGGAGCAGAGCUACAGGUCAGUCUUCAGUGCCUGGAGAGUUUCCUGUGUCUGUUCCACUGUGUCCGCCACCUCCAUAACAGCCAUGGCAACAAGGAUGCUCUGAAGUUCUGUUCUGAUAUGAGUGGGGCCAGUAACACUCUGGCGAGGGAGUUCCUCACCGACGUUCACCAGCUUUGCAGCGCCGUGGCUCAGAGGGCGGAGUCACGGGGAGAGGAGGACGAGGAGAGUCACAUGGUUGCCCUGGGCGAAUACCUGGUCAGGGGCAGGGGCUUCUUGCUGCUCAGCGCCCUGGAUUCCAUCAUCGACCAGGAGCUGACCUGUCGAGAGGAGCUGCUAACCCUGCUGCUGUCUCUACUGCCACUGGUCUGGAAGAUACCUGUUCAGGAGGAGAAGGCCCCAGAUUUCACCCUGCUGUCUCUGCUGGAAGUGUUCUUGAGCCAGGAGGUGAAUGCCGCCCCCAGAGGGCGGGAAAGACCAGAAGACCGCAGCAGCAGCUCCACCUGGAAGGUCCUGCGUCGCUCCCGCCGCACCGCUCAGCGCUACUCCGUAAGGGAUGCUCGUCGCUCCCAGCUCUCCACCUCUGACUCAGACGCCAACUCUGACAACAAGGCCGGCACCGGUGGCACCGGUGGAGUGCGUAGUCGACGUUCUCGCGGUUCUACGAUCCGUGUGAGCUGCCAGCAUCACCGUUCGGAGGCUCGCUUAUUACCCUCGCCUCCUGUCCCCCCUCCCGAAAAGACCAUGGCUUCGCCUUUCCCGCUCUACCCCCAACCUCGGUCGCUGGGGGGGUCCCAGACCACCCUGGACACAGAGACCCUGACUGACCCAGCUGCCAUGUCCAUAUUCAACAGGAUGGAGAACUCUCCCUUCGACCUCUGUCAUGUUCUGCUCUCGCUCCUGGAAAAGUGGAACAUCAUCCAGGCUAGUAGAGAAAAUGUGAUCUACCAGCCUGACUGGCCGGUGCCCAUAAUCCUUAACUUCCAUACCCGAGUACGACUAGCUCAGAUGAGUCUGAUCCGUCUCUUCUCAGAGGAUGCUGCUAAGGACCAUCCUCCACCUGAUGUCAGUGGACGGGGUCAGAGUGAGGCUCUACCAGACAGCCUGCGACGCAGCCUGACCGACCUGCUCAGAGCCACGCUGAAGAUCAGGUCCUGCCUGGAGAGACAGGUUGACCCAUUCGCUCCCAGAACCAAGAAGACCCUGCAGGAGGUGCAGGAGGACUUCUCUUUCUCCCGCUGGAGGCACCGCUCCCUGCUGUUACCUGAGCUGCUGGAGGGUGUACUGCAGGUGCUGUUGGGGUUCCAUGCCUCGGCCCCCAAUCCCUUCUUCUUCAGUCAAGCGCUAGAGCUGCUUCAUGAGUUCAUCCAGCAUCGCGGCCUGGAGCUGUUUGAGGUCACCGUUCUGAGGCUAGAAGGGGCUGGGCCGCGUGGGGGUGAGGCAGCAGAUCGUCUGGACUUCUCAAACAGGCCGGCUAAGUCAGAGCGUAACUCACCAGUCCGUCUGCGCCCGCCGUCGCCAUGUGAACCCCUUCCGAAGAGACCGAGGGGAAGGAGGGGCUGGAUGACGGGUGCUACCCAGAGAGGUGCUGUUGCCUGGCAGCUCUGCAGCCCACCAGUGUCUCCGUCUGCUCCAGCGCCUGUCCUCCAGUGGCCAGCGGUGGCUCCAGGUCCCAGCUGGGGUCCAGGCUGUGGGAUCUGCUGCUGUAUGGACCCUCGGUCUGUAGUCGGCCCUCUCCUCCACGCCUUCCAGGCCCCAGGGCUCCGCUCCUACCAGUCCCACAUCCUCUCUGUCCUCUCCCGGCUGAUCCUGGAUCAGUUAGGUGGUGGCCAGCCCUCUGAGAAAGCUAAGCUAGCCUCCUGUAACAUCUGUACUCUGGACAGCAGUCAGCUGCCGGGCCUGGAGGAGACGCUCCAGCAGGGGGAGGUCGGAGUGUCGUCCCCCACUUUGAGCUACCGUUCCCAUGGUAUCCUCCCCAGCGGAGGGGGAGCAGAGGACAUGCUGUGGAAGUGGGAGGCCCUGGAGGCGUACCAGGGGCUGGUGUUCGGGGAGGACCAGGCACUCAGCCAACAGGUCGCGGGACACAUGUGUCACUUGAUGUUGAGAGGGAACACUGUGGUCCAAUGGCAGCUCUACACUCACAUCUUCAACCCUGUACUGCAGAGGGGGGUGGAGCUAGUGCAUCACGCCCAACAACUGGGUGUGUCUACAGCGUGUAGCCAGGUGUGCUCCUACCACGUCCAGUGUCUACCUGUAGAGGUGCUACUGGUCUACCUGCAGACACUACCAACCCUGCUCAAGUCCAGGUGAGGACGGUGGUGUCUUUACCUUCUUUACUUCUCUGUCUUGUCCCCUCCUCCAGUCGCCUCCCGUCCCUCUCUCCCCUUCUCCU